UGCUGGCUGUGUUUUGUAUUGCAUUGAUCGCAUCAAUACAAUAUCGUAUGGCAGUGUACGCGAGCACUGAAUAAAAAAGUGGAAUCCGUACCUAGGGUGUAUCGAUUUUCAGCCAAACAAACAUGGUGACAGAUUGUGUUGGGACUGUGAAAGCAACAUGAGAGGAUGCAAACUCCUUGCUCCUGGGCUGUGCUUGUUAAUUACGAUUAAAUCAAUCAUACUCAUUCGAUCAGUGCUAUCUGCGGAGUAGCCGAAACAAACUUCGAAUUCAUUCCAUCUUUGCAUCUGCUGCAAAUACGACGCUGUUCAAAAGUGCAUUAUCAAAACAAAUGGUGUGAAAGAAUGUUCGAAAAGCUGCUUAUUACGACUGUGCAGCGUUCGGCGUUCUUUUCCAGCGUCAAAUUGCAUAAUGCGAACGGCGUAGAAAAGGAUAAGUGCGGCCCAUAGUUUUAGAGGGAAACCUGUAGAAAACGCAACAACACGCUUCGAGUGGAGAAUGCUAAAGGUCAACUUCGCUGCUAUGUUCUGCCGUUGUCAUUGUUACAGUAAUAGUAUUAGCUGCACCGCCCGAGACGGUAGUAACAGCAGAGGUUUGUAAUACUAUCGAUAAUGCAGCAGUACAAUCAGCGGUAAUCUUGUGAGAUGUGUUUUCGUUUUGCGUCAUAAGCUGCGAAGUCGAAUAAGUCAAAGCUUCCAGCAGAGAAGAGCUGUUCUGUGCCCUCUCUGGAGGAAUCAAAUGUAGGCGCGUUCCGGUGUGGUUAAAUGCUGCGCGUGAAAGUGUCUGUUGAUGUAGUGUGGAAUAGUGUUGCUGUAAUAGGCUGGAUGUGCUGGGUGCAGUACCAAGUAACACUCCACUCAGGAGAGCACAGGACCGGUGUGGCAACAAAUGGUCAUCGUAUAUUGUUUCGAACGGGCGAGCUGUAAAACACGUUCCUAGGAAAAAGUCAUGUGCAGCACCUUGCCGUGUAAUCUGUUUACAUUCAGAGCGAUACAGUACAAAAUCUAGUAGUCUGGCGAAAUAGUAAAACUAAUUUGCCACAUCACGUACAGAAGAAUCCCUCAACAACCUCCUGCGGCCUACUUAGGUUCGUUCUUUCAUCUAUUUUGCUUGGAAGAAGGCACAACUCGCUUUAAUUUAAGCAGAAUGGGUGGUUCGGUUAGUCAAGUGUUCCGAUCCGGCAGCGCACUGCUUUCGAACCGAGAUGGUCACAAAGUGUCGGAAACGACGGUGGAAAAGGUGAAUACAAUCUUCGACGCACUCAGGGCAAAUCCAAAGAUAUCGAUUCAGCGAUUAGAGCCACUAUUGCUGCAAAUACCGAAGUACGAAAACAUCCUUGCGAUACACGAUGAAACAGGAUACAAUUUACUACAGAAAAGCGUAGGACUUAAUCAUGUAGAAUUAGCUAGGUGGCUACUUCAAAGACAUCGUCCGGAUGUGAACCGAAGCUCGUGUUCAUUACCAUUACAUAUAGCCUGUUUGAAAGGUUAUGAAGAAUGUGUUGAACUGCUGCUUAAACACGGUGCGAGAAUAGAUACCGAAGCUAGGAUGUGUUUUCCCGGUGCACAUUCUCACAAUUGCGAAGAAAGUGGGAAAUACAAAAAUCAAGGCGAUGAUGUAGGUGUUUGUGAGCGGCCCAACACUAAACUACAGAAUGCCGUAUGUUAUGCGAUCGAUGGUGAUCAAAUAAACGUACUGAACAUUUUGGCACAGAAGAUGGAAGAACCAUGGAUGCCAUUCCGGGUGCGAAAGCCACUGUUGCACAUUGCCUGCGAACGUGGUGCCUGGAAGUGUGUGCAGCAUCUCGUGCAGACACGCUCGGACGAAAUCAAUCUGAUCAAAGACGAAUACUAUCCUAUUCACCAAGCAGUGCUGCACGAUGGACGGUUUCUGGAACUGCUCAUACAGCACGGUGCCAUCACGACAGUGCGUACCUGCACCCAACAAAUGACAUUGCUACAUGUUGUGAUAUUGGCGGCCAGAAAGUCAGCGGAGGACACCUUAAACACAAUCCGCAUACUGCUGGAGCGUGGAUGCAAAGAACUUAUCAAUAGUCCCGAUUCUUUGGGUAAUACACCGUUGCACGCAAUCAUCGUCCGGUAUGCGCUAGAGGAAGCUAGGUAUGGGUACGACAAAUGGAACAAAUGGGACGUGUUGCACCUGGUGCGUUUUCUGCUUCAGAACGGUGCUAAGAGUUCAAUCAAUCAAACAGGUAACAGUGCAUUAGCCUGCGUCUUUCGGCACAUUCGCGACUGGGAGGUAUGCUACGAGUUGUUAAAUAUGCUUAUCAAGGAAGGAGGUGAUCCUAACAUAGUCGGCCGCGAUGGCUCCGUUCCUAUAAUGGUAUGCUUGGUACCUCUCAUCAACAAGGAUCCGUUGCAUCAUUUCACACAUUCAAUGAAGGUUUGCUAUUUGAACUGUAUUCGAAUAUUGUUGCAAAACGGUGCCAAUCCGAACUGCUCCUACCGUUCCAACUUAACGCCGUUGCAUGUGCUCAUCUUUACCGUCUCGGAGAAUUUCACGCUUAACUGUGAUAUCCAGAAGCGCGCCAAUUUUGAUUUCAUCAAAAACAUUCUUCUGCUGCUGUUGCAGUACGGACUCGACUGCAACAUCACCUCCCAGCACAUUCUCCAGUCCGUGAUCGAUAUGAUUGUCAACGUGCGUACCUGUCCGGAUAUUUUGUGCGUGUACGAGCUGUUACUGUUGCUGAUCCAGUACGGCACCGAUCCGAACGUUUCGCUCAGCAACAAACUAAUGACGAACGGUGCGAGCAGCAGCAAUUCUUCGAUUAUUUUCGUUAACGAUUUCAUCAACUUUGGCGGUGGCAUUCGGGGUGCACCGACUGGUGCUGACACUUCCGCAUCUGGGAGUGCGGGCGGUGGUAGCGGUGCUGGCAACGGUGUUGGUGGCCCUGGAGGUGGAGUUGCUGGCAACGGCGGCGGAGCCAAUGCUUCCUCGGUGGCAAACGGACCGGGCGGUCCAGGAUCGAGUACUGGCCCAUCCAAUGGGAACGAAAAUCUGCGCAGCUCGUUUCGCAAUAAUGCGCGUAAUUAUUUGCUGUUCUAUUACAUUAUGCUGAUCACGCGCAAAGAAUUUAUACUGCUCGAUCGUGAACAAACGUACCAGCGCAUAAUCUAUCUGUUCUACUACUCGAUGAAGCACGAACCGUUGUUUAACUGUUUGAAAACGUUGCACAACCUGCUUAUCGCACAGGUACCGCAUCGUUCGAUCGACAAUCUGCGCCACCUGAUCAUUACGCUGUACAAAAAGCCACGCAGCCUGAAGCAGCUGUGCCGCGUGUGCAUCUACAACAGUUUGGACAAGAAGCUGGCACCGAGCAUAAACCGGUUAAAUUUGCCCGGUCCGUUAAAGGAGUACGUGAUGAACUUCGAUAAGUAGAAACCAAUAGGUGGGCCGGAUAGUAAGUGGAAAGCAUGUGCGACCAUGAUAGUGCGCGCUUUAUCUCUCGAGAUGAUCUCUUUCAUAUUAGGUGCUGCGAUAGUUAGUUGGGGUUUGUUUUUUGUGUUUGUUAUGUGCCACCGAGAUGAUACAGCAGAUGCAACGUAUUAAAUAGUAGCAGCAGUACUAUAUGAUGGUUCACGCUAGUGUAAGAGUAUCGAGCACUACAUCAGCUGAGCGUUUUCCUUUUGAUUUUGUGAAGACUAAACAAGUUAGACACAUUAUUAAGUGGUUAGAAUGGUACGAUUAAACUUUCAUUCUACUCACGUUCAGUGUAGUAUUUUCUCUAUCGGUUUGUUUUGCCAUUUUACAUAUUCGAGUAAAUUAUUUACUCUGUUCAAUCUCUGUUUAUCUGCUUCCUUACAGUAGCAACAAUUCAUUUACCUUUCCUAUUUUGUAACACGUGCAGUUGGAGAACGUUGUUAAUUGAUCUGACAUUUAAAAGCGAGAAAAAAAAACAUCCAAUCGAAUGUAGUUAUGAUAAAAACUAAUGACACAAUGAGGAAGCAAGAUAUCCCACGUGCGUUAGUGAAUGUGUCCUAAUAAACCCAGAAACGAACAAUCGUACCGUAAUAAUGUAAAGGGUCGCA